CGGGUGGACCCGCUGGCGAGCCCCUAGUGGUCGUUGCUGCCCACUGUGGGCCGCAAAGGCCCCUUUUCCCCCGCACAAAUGUCAGUUUUUAAAAUAGCAGAGCUGGUUUCAGGAUGGUUUACAGGCUUCUCUCUUAAAGGAAGCCUGAGAGGCACAGAAACAACUUUCUUACGUUAGAGCCAACUUCACCAAGGCAAAACCACCCAGUAACGGACUUCCAGCAGCCUCAGCAGGGAGGAAUAAAAUUUUCAUCUAUAAUUUGGAAGAAAAGUAAAUAAUAAAAUGAAGCCAGUAAAACAUUUGUUUGCCUCUACUAAUAAAUUGGCAAAUGUUCCAGAAUUAAAGUAUAAAAGAAGAGUUCCUCAUUCACCAUUGUCACCUAAAACAAAGGAAAAGCAUAAUGCAAAAUUAACACACGAUAAGACCAUUGAACCAAUGGUCUUAAGAUCUCCACCCACAGUAGAAUCCAUCAUAAGGUAUGCUUUGCCCAUUCCAUCAAGUAAGACAAAGGAGUUAAUAGCAGAAGGUGAAUCCAUCAGGAAAAUUACCAAACGUCUGAAAAUGGUUGCUUAUAAUUUGGAAAAAACCUAUGGAUUUUCCGCUGAAAAUGGAGAACAACCAGCUGUGAAGGCUGCAAAUGAAGAAUUAACUUUGUCUAUUGGGGAUGAUCUGAAUUCAAGCUUGGUAUCUACUUCACAAUUUGCAGCUGAGUUAGAUGAAACAGUAAAGGAAGAACAAACUCUUUUGGAAUCUGUCUUCAAGUGGUUUCAACAGCAAGUCAAUCAGAUGGAAGAGAUAAAUAAAGAUCAAGAUAUUUCAGAAGCAGAAUUACCAGCAUCUAAAAAUGCUCUUCUUAGCAUUUCACAAAUAAUAAAGCAAGUGCAAAAACUUAAAGAGCUGAAAAAUCGCCUUACACACAGGUCUGGGACCUCCUUGGAAGCCAUAUUGUCUAAAUCCAUGGAUAUUGAAAAUACACCAGAUGAAAUACAAAGAUAUGAAAUUAUGCAGCAGAAAAUUCAAGAAUUUAUAAAGACACACUCAGCUGAAGCAAAUGUGGAUGUUCGUGAAGCUGAGCGACCAACUGAUUAUUCACUGAAUAAUCAAUUUGAUGCCAUGUUGAAAAUAUUUGAAAAACAGUCAGAUGUGUUGGAGAAAACUGUAAAUGAACAAGAUUUGUUAGAAACUAAAUACAAACAGAUGGAAAAUGAUUUCCAAGUGUUAUCAGAGGAGAAAUUUUCACUGGAAAAUGAGCUACAAAAGCUAAAGAACUCAGAGAAAACAAAGCCUACAUCUACACAAACAAAGAAAACAGGAAAAGCAGAAAAGAAAAAAGACAAAGGAAACCAUGAGAGUUCAGAAGAGAAGAAGUUUCUAAACAAAGAUUUGAAAUCAAAAGAUUUUCAGGAAAUGCAGCAAGCAGCAUAUGAGUUGGCAAUUCAGAACAAAUUCCUUCACGAAAAGCUGAAGCAAGCUUUACAGGAAGCUGAAAGAGCAAAGAAUCAACUUUCCUACUUCCUAAAUGAAGGGAGGGAUUUACUUAAAAGUGAAGGAAAGCACAAAGCAACCCAGGAAUGGAAGAGUAUUGGUAAAAUUCAAGUAGAAGAUUCAGAAAAAACACCGUUGGAGGAAGAAACAAUAGAAGCCCUAGUUACAGAUUUAGGAGGACUAAAGACAAAUGAUACACUCCAGGAACAGCAACAGUUACAGGCUAAAUGAGGAACUUGAAGCUGAAGUCAAAAAUAACCUUGAGAGGAAUGAAAAUAAUACAAGCUAUCAAAAUAUUUGGGAGGCGAAAAUACCCUGGCAAUUGACCCCAGCCCAGAAGAGAUUCUUGGCGAGAUCCCAACACCAUUCCGGACCCACAAGGCUCCAGUUGUUGUGCCCACCACACAGUAAAUGCUCAGAGGGAAGCCCCAACUACAAUAGAGCAAAUCUGAAAACAAACAAGGGGGAGGAAAGACAAAGACAAAUGGCCAAUACACUACAGAGAGAAAACAAAUCUCCAGAACCCAACCACAAAGAUAUAGAAGAACUUCCAGAAAAUUAAUGAACACAUCAUUUCAUAACAUAUAGAGGCAUAUGUCUUUCUCAUAGAGCUUAUCAUGUUCAUUUCUUUAUAGUGUAUAUAAAGAAGAUGUCAAAAAUAUACAAACCUAAUCCUGGAAGUGGUAGCCCAUCACGUUUGCUAUAUCCUAUUCAUUAGAAGUAGAAUUAGUCACCAGAGCAACCCCACACACAAGGGAAGAGAUAAUAUUAGUGUGAAUAUACCACGGAGACAGGGAUCAUUGAGAACCAUUUUAGGGGCUACCUACUACAAGUAUGAGAUUGUGAAAAACUUCUAAAUUUAAUGCUAAAUUAAGCAAUUUGGACUUCAAUUUUCAGAAAAGUAAAGCUACUCAAGGUUUUUGUAUAAAGAGCAACAUGUAAGAUCUAAGUUAAAAAAAAUAGCUGCGCAUUAGUGAGGCAGAUUGAUUCUACAUUCUUUUGACCCUACCUUACUAAGAUUAUAUCUAUUAAACUACAAAUGUAUUUCUUUGUUCACAUGGCUCUGUUUGACUGUGGUGCUAUGAUAUUGCUAACAUCAAGAGAGUGCUUUCUCAAAUGAAGGGGGAAAACUCCAGGGUAGUUGGUCCUGAGUUUCAGAGACAUACCAGCAUAUCACCCUGUGCUAGUGGGAACAGAAAUUCAAAAUCUAAAAGGAGUGAAAGAAAAAUGUUUGGAACUCUUAAUAUUGGAACUAGAUUGCAUUAAACAAAAUGUCUGUCAUAUAUACAUCUUAAUACCCUGUUUGAGAAAUGGUUCCUUUUUGGUUCUGUACCUGUUUUAAAAGUUGUUUGUUGCAUUAAUAGUCUUUGUGUUAGUGGGCCUCUCCGGGGGCACAGCAGAUUGAGUGCAGAGCUGUGAAGCUGUCCGCAGCCUCUGCAGCUCAGGUUCGAUUGCCAGCGGGCCAGGGAGAUACCCACAUGUUAACAGACGUCUCCUGCCUCUCUCACUGCUCCCCUCAGCAGUGUUUUCAGUCUGUCUGCCUGUUCUGCUCCCUGCUCUAUCUCUGGUGAAUUCUCUCAUCCUGCCGCGCCGAUGGCCUGUACCCCAGUUCUUAUAUAAAUAAAUCA